AUGUGUGAUUCAAUUUUGCAUCACAAUUGCAAGUUUCAUUUCAGCGAUAAUCACUCUCGUGUCGAAUGGAAGGAAAGCAUUAAAAACAUAUUGGUUGUUCACAAGUUUUGCGAUCUCAAUGUUAUUGAGAGUCUGAAGGCAUUUAUCCACUUUACGUUGAAAAAAUGGGACCUUAAUAUAUAUUUGGAAUCGACUACGCUGAAUGAACUGAAAGAUGACAGCCUUUUCUAUCCUAUUAUCCAACAUUAUGUAAAUUUGGGAAGAGGCGAAUCUUCACAUAAAGUGUCCGAGAAAGAUCUUUGUGAAUUUCACGAUGAUUUGGCAGAAAAUGCUUUUAAAAUCAACCCGAAAAGUUCAAUAGAAAUCUUUGACCACAGUAUACGUAGCAAAAUAGAUUUAAUUGUUUGUCUUGGUGGUGAUGGAACUCUUUUACAAAUUGCAUCAAUGUUCCAGGGAACUACUCCACCUGUAAUUGCGUUUCGUCUGGGAACACUUGGUUUUUUAACACCAUUUCCUUUUAAUACUUUUAGGACGCAAAUGAAAACUGUUCUUGAAGACUCAUCUUAUUGUGUAUUGCGAGCUCGUCUUGCUGCCAAUGUUGCUCAUCAAGGUGUUUCAAGUGUGGAAGGUUGUAAGAGUCGGAAGGAAUCUCAGGAAUCUCGUUUGUCUAUUGAUAUUUCUUCACGUUCCAGCUCACCAGACACUGAAUACCAUUUUCUAAAUGAUUUAGUCAUUGAUCGUGGUUUAUCUCCAUUUCUGUGUGAUCUUCUCAUUAAAGUGAAUGGUCGAGAAGUGACAAUCAUAGAAGGUGAUGGUCUCAUCAUAAGUACUCCAACUGGAAGUACAGCGUAUUCAAUGACUGCUGGUGCCAGUAUGGUACAUCCAUGUGUUCCUGCUCUAGUUCUAACACCAAUCAAUUCUUUAGCUUUAAGUUCACGUGCUAUUGUUCUUCCAACAUCUAUAAAGCUGGAAAUUUCUAUUGCUACCAAGGCUCGUUGUUCAGCUGUACACUUUUCUUUUGAUGGACGUUCACGACAUUCAAAUCUGCUGCAUAAAGGUGAUGUUAUCAUGGUCAGCGCCUCACCGUAUCCCAUUCCGUGCCUCUGCAGUGAAAAUCAGGUUACAGACUGGUUUUGUGGUUUAGCAUACUGUCUUAAUUGGAAUCUACGUCGACGUCAGAAUGCAGUGAUGAAGUGUUGUUCAAUGAACCAAUAA